AUGGACGCAUGGAAUGACAAGCAGAAAAGGAUGAUGAGUAUGGGCGGCAACGCCCGGUGCAAAUCUUUCUUCCUGGAGCAGGGCAUUGCAGAUCUGUCGAUCAAGGAGAAAUACACAACGAAGGCUGCAGCCUACUACCGCCAGUUGCUGAAGUCUCAAGUAGAAGGCACGCCACCACCCCCUGCCCUUGCAGAUGGAGAAGGGAAGGAACCGGAAACCGGUUUGGUUGGCCCAGCCCGAACUGCCAGCUUUGGGAGCCGAAGCGGCUCGGGGAUCCACUCAGUUCCGCCGCCGACCUCGGCAUCUUUCACGGAGAGAAUGCAUCAAAUGGCUAAAAGCCGAAGCGGCUCGAACGUUGGGAAAGACCUCGAAACAAUGGCCGAUAACGGUUCUCAGGCGCAAGGAGACCAGAACAGGAACGUGGAGCGAUCGCAGUCCAAGUGGGCGGUCGGGUACAUGGGCGAAGGCGGAGCUGGGAUGCUGGAUAGUCUUGGGUCCGGCUUUGUCAAUUUCGUCAGUGGUGCUAAGGACUAUACCAACAAAGCCAUUUCAACCAUGCGGGGCGAUAAAACUGCAGACGCCAGCGGUGUUGCAGAAGAGGAAGAGGCAAACGCUGCAGCUGGGCCAGGACUGUUCGAGAAGGCCAAGGACACACUAACCACUGGCGGCGAAUGGAUAGCACAAAAGGGCAGAGACCUAGCGACCGGCGUGGCGAGUGCCACGGCUGGCCCAUCGGGCGCACCCCCGCCGCCAGAACUUUCGGCUGACGGUGUUCCUGUGACGACGGGGGAGGACGGGAGCGAGGUGAAGUCGCAGCGCUCUCGUGAAGGCGGUAUGCUAGAAGGCAUCAACACGGGUUUUCAAACUUUCGUGGCGGGAGCCAAGGAGUACACCGCGUCUGCGUACAGUGCCGUGGCCAGCCGAGCUGAGGCGGAAACUAGCGAGGGCGGAUUGUUUGACAGGGCUAAGAACACCUUCCAGUCGGUUUCUGCCAAUGUCGCUGGGUGGCUGCCUAGCAGUGGAGGCGAGACAUCCGGCACUGCUGCGGGAAGGCAAGACAGUGGUCUCUUUUCCCUCAACAGCUUGAGCAUCUUCCAACAGAAAGGAUCCGGGGAGCUUAACCGGUCAGCAUCCGGUGGCCGCGGACUGCUGAACAAAGAGGGAUACGGAGCGACGGAGGAAUCAGACGAGCAUCCUCAGUUUCCAACUCUUGUGUCGCGCGGGUCGGGAGAAGGAAAUAGUGGACCGGCUUCCUCAACGUCGAGUGCCCCAAGCUAA